UUGUUUUUGAUAUUACUUUACCUCCCCCCAUUUUUGACUGUGUAAGUUUACGUCGUCAGUGUUUGUUAUGACUGUUUCUUUAAGUGUAUACGACGGAACAACAACAACGCCAUGUUACCAGACAGCUGAAGAUGCAAUCAGGGAAAAAUCGCUGCGAAUGACUGAGUGAUAGGUGCUCGUGGUUUAUUUCAAGUCAGACUUUUGGAAGGACGAUGGUCGUCACUUGACGACAAGGUGGGAGGAAGCGAAUGUCCAGGCAGAGACAAUUUAUAUCCAUAGAUAAUAUACAGCGCCUCUUGUACGACUGCACAGGAUGACUGGUUUGAUUGAAUGGAAUGCAGUGUCAUGAUCUGACCAAGUGAGGCGAUCAUUAAACACACUGUAAUGUGUGCGUGUGUGUGUCUUGAAUAUAUACACAUACGCUGCCUUGUCAAUAAAGAUACGCCUGUGUGAUAAACUGAUAUAUGGCAUGAGUAAACAGUAUGGACCGGAAAGGUGCAAAAUCAAACGGAAGCCAAUUCAUUCGUGUUUCUAAAGAGAACGCUGUUGAAAGAACCCAAUCCAAAAAGCGUUCGGUCUUGCCUCUCCAGCUUCCGUCUAUGCAAGGGACAAAGGACGCCAAAUCAAAUGUCCACCAGUCCAAAGUGCCCACAAAACAUAGCAAAGCGAACAAAAAUGUCUCGCUGGUGUCUAUCAAAAGUCGCAGAUCAGUUGGGUUUAACGCUGCAUCGGCAUCGGCGAAAGCUGUCGAAGCGGAGAACGGGGUUGCUCUCGUAAAACGCAAAAGAAACCUCAGACCUGCGUUAUUACCCCGUAAUUUGAUAAGUCGCAGCGGUAACUCUUACUGUUUAGUGGACAAUCGCCGUUCGUACGGGCCUGAAUAUCACCCAGAUGUCCCUUCCAAGAAAAAAUCCGCUUCCAAGCUCGGCAAAGUCUUUGGUAAUAACAGAUCUGUCUUGGUUCAGGCAAAGGAAAACACAGAAAGCUCAAAAAGUUAUUCGAAACUAAGUGUUACAGCGAUUGCAGAUGAGGCAACGCGACAGAAGCAACCCCAGACACGUUCGCAAACGACUUCUGGAAAGACAGCGCUGAAAUCGAGUCGCAAUGCGUCUCAGAGCAGUCUGUCAAUUGCGGCUGUCAGCACAGGUAACGGUGUGCAGUCGAGAGCCAAUGAACGAUUAAAGACGAUUGACAAUAGGCCUCAAUUGAGGGUCCCAGCUGACCGGACAAAAACACUCAGCCGAUUUGUAAGCGGAUCACUACCGCACGUCCAUGGCAUGUCUGGAAGCCGUAAAUCCCAUAGUGAUAAGGAGAUAAUCUGUUCGUAUUUGCGCAAGUCUAAUGAGUCUUGUGUAAGGGAUCAGGAGCAGAUCAGUCCCUUUGUGUCCCUCACUGAUGACGGGUUUAGGGCCGGACAGGACCCGCGGGAUAAGGCCGCCGAGCAACCCCUAGACAGGGAAAAAUCACCCCAGUACAAAGACACCGAUCAGACACAAACACAUGACAAACAUCGAUCUGGUCUGAGCUGGAGUGAUUCCAAUCACGGAAAACUUACGGACGCUCAUCUAACUGCGUCAGUUCAAAACCAGUGCAUUAAUGCGAGCAGAGAGUUGCAAAUAACGGACUUCCGUAGCGUAGAGAAUACUGGUAAACAUCUUAACCAGGCAGGUAAUGAUAUUUGUAAACAGGUGGGCGAUUCGAAACCCAGUAUAAUUAAUAUCUCUGAUAAUUCGGAUGGAUUCGGUGAUAGUAUAAAAACUAUUCUCUCCGAAGGUCAGGCAUUCGAUGAGUGCAGUAUGUCUGGCUGCGUGGAUUCUUCUGGGGGAGAUUAUUUACCAGAUGACACCAGGGGAUUCGCAAAUCAAGCCUCCCACACACUCUCCCGCAAGUUUACCUGGUUCAAGGACGAAAGAGCGGAUUUGGGAGAGACAGAAGAAGUGUGUCGUGAAAUCGAAGACCUAAGUUGGAAUGUGGACAACAAUAAAAGCAAUACAUCAUUCAGUUGCACGGGUCGCGGCAGUAAACUGGUCCGGCAGAGACAGCGUCUGACAGGGAAGGGUUUCGCGAGUAACGGAAAUAUUAGUCAUAAAAUAUCUACCCCCAACGCUGUUAACUCGGCCUCACGUCCUCGGCUGGGAGGGGAGCGUAGCACGUCGGAGGGGGAGCCGAAACUGUCAGAAUAUAACACAGGAGGCGUAGACACAUGUUUAACUCCCAGAGAGCAACGCACUGCCGGGCCAGGUACGUCAAAGCGAGUAACGGGAGGUAAUUCUGAAGAUAAAGAACUCAGUGGCCUAAAAAAACCAUUAAAGCGCCACACUGACAGCGCUUUAGCAGUAAAAACUAGAACAGAUUCCUUCACAGUUUCUCACAGCCCACCUGGAGAAACGUGCUCACGUUCCCAUCUACUACAACAUGACCUAGAAUUGGAAGCUGAAACUUUAUCUGAAAACCUGAAUUCUAUUUCCAGUCAACUUUCUGGCAGGGUGGAUUGGACUGACGUCGAUUUUAGCCCGUACUAUUAUAACAGUGAGACAGAGGUAGAUAGUCCGCCGAGAAGAGAGGUGAAUAUUGAAAGGAAGCGAGUAGAAAAUAAUUAUGGGCAAGCAGGCUCCAGGUUUUGCCCUAGAGAGACUAUAGAUAGCUACGGCUCGCAUAAAAAACGCAAAGAGAUAGAGGUAGGCAGACUUUACUCCGGCAACGCAAGUGUCAGAUGUGUUGGAACUUGCAAAUCAACAUAUGUCAAUCAUUCGAGCAACCCGUCAACCACGCGACGACGUUGCAGCGAUGAAUCGGUAAAUGGAAACAAUUUUUCAACAACAGAGUCGCAGGUGCAGAGCUCGGUAGAGGAACAGACUAGUGAACGACGCGAAUCCGCAUCAUCGUCGUCGUCAUCAUCAUCAUCAUCCCCAGCUAACUAUUCCCAGUGUUCCUGUGGUAGUAGGCCUACCUGUACCGACCUGGGACGUUCCGGGAAAUGUGCUGCAUUGCGGACUGGUAAUGGUCCGCUAGAAUAUGUUAGACAGAGGUUAUCGCCAGGGGCAGCUUCGGGGAUAUGCGAUACGGACAGUGACGUAAGUAGUGUCGAUGUGGUGCGCUUGGUCUCCCAUACAUUUCGUCCUGAGAACGGCGGGGCAUUUACAAUUAGCGACGGACACUGGCUGCUCCAAUCAUUAUUCCUCAGGACCGGGUCACUCUCCGGCUUCGUCGAGGCCGUCCCGCCGACGACAGAGAUGCAUCGAUAG